CUGUGAAUAAUUUCGAACCGAAUGGAGCUGGACCGGUUGGAUCGUCGUCCUCCCUUCCGGGAGUCCGUCUGUCCAAAAUACGUAUUCUGCGAUUGUCCCGAAACACACUUGAACGAUACGAAAAAAUGUUUCGAAGUAGAUGUGGAUCGUAUGAUAGAGAAAUUGCGACAACUCGUGUCGGAUCCUGUCACCAGCGAUCACGUCGAAAGGAUAUCGCGACUCUUGUACUAUUAUUUACGCGAGAUCGGCGACGAGGGCUACCCAGUCAAGCACCUGCCGGCUGUAACGAAGGUGCUAGAGUUUCUAGCCUGGAAGUCCCGAGAAGUCAGUGACUAUCGAGUGCAUUUGUACCGGAUGUUGCACUUGUGCAAUCGACCACCUUUGCUGAAACGUACUUCCGAGAGUCUCGUUAGCCUCGCCAUAAUGGAGCACUAUUUCACGACGCUGGGCUAUCUCCUGAUAAUUUUGCCAAACGAAGAAGAGAUCCAGCAGAUUCACGAGGCUCUUGAUUGCUUAUUAAUCGAACGAAAGAAAGCGACGAACGUCGCGGCGAUAAAAUUGGAUCUCCGUCGACGAGCGAUGGAGAAUUCCAAAUUAUCGAUCAUCAUCGUCCAAUUGCUGGAGGCUGCUUUGACGAGAAUGUACCCGAAGAUCUUGGAACUGACCUUCAUGCUUGCCUCGAUCUCUUCCCAAUGUUGUUACAAAAUGCUGGAAGCCGGCAUACUGAAUACGCUACUCACCAGAAUGGAUCUUCCUUAUGCGACACAGCUGCGCUGUAUCAGACCUCCGGACAUGCCGAUCGAAGGAGAGGAAUAUCCAAGGGACAUCAUGCUCCUGAAAAUGAAAUUGUUAUGGAGCCUUAUGAGAUGGGUGUUGCCUCCGAAUAAGCUACCGGAGAGCCUAAAAAAUCUUUCUUCGCCCAAGCAAUGCGCCAUGUGUACAGGGGCUUAA